CAAAGGAUUCGAUUCCGUUACAUGUACCGGUACAUGGCAAUGCUUUGGCUUACAAUACUAGCUACUAGCCAGUACCUCCACUUGUAAUGCAUGGCCUAUCGGUAUCCUGCCUGUUGUUGUCCAGACCAAAGAUAGAUAGCUUUGACGAGCGACGUCGACACGCACUUGCAUGACAGGGAGCGUUCGCUUGGUUGGGUCAUGUCACGAGUGCCAAUGCCGCACCGCGGCCGAUGCAAGUUCAACACAAGCCGAACAAGGCGAAAAGAGGAAAGCGGAAAUUUGAACCUCGCGGGGUGAAUUUGCAAGGAGAACGAGGUGAUUGGACGACGAGAACAAAAUUCUUGUUGGCAGCUUUCAAAGCGUUCUUUCUCAUCGUCACCGAGAGCGGCACCCACACCAACACACGGAGCUCACACAGCUCACUCACCUAUUAAGAGCCAACUACGCUUUCCGUAUAGAAAGAUGAUGUUUGUGUCAGCGGCAGUGUCCACCCCCAGGACCGUGGCGCUCAAGACGUCUCCGUCUUCCGUGGGUCGAUUCCAACUCUCGAUUCGACGAUGCAAAGCAUCUCAGGCUGCUGGCCAAGCCGCUGUGGCAACUUCCCGAUCGGCUCCUCUGGGAAAGCGGGUGUGGAAUGCUUACACGACGGCGCUGGAGAAGCGCCCUUUGACAACCAAGAUGACGGCUGCGGCACUCAUCUUCUUCACCAGCGAUUCUGCCACUCAAAGGUUGAUGGACCCAGAAGAGUCGUAUGACAUUGCUCGUGCUUCCAGCGGUGCUUGCUUUGGUGUUGUCGCAACGGCCUACUUGCAUGUUUGGUGGGGUUUCCUAGAGACGACAAUAGGCUCCUUAGUGCCCGCUGCGAGGAGUCGUCUGUUGAAUACAGCAGUGAAGGUUGUCAUUGAUCAGGGUUGUGCGGCUCCGCUGUACGUCUACUCCUACUACAUUCUCACAAAGUCUCUGCAGGAUAUCUCGGCACAGCCAGACAGAUCCGUUGGAGAGAUCCUAGACGAAUCGGAGUCCAGAGCACGACACAUGUUGUGGCCCACCAUGCUGCAGCACUGGAAGUUAUGGCCUGCUGUUCAUUCACUGAACUUUUACUUUGUACCAAUUCAACACCGAGUCCUGGUGCAGAAUACUGUGUUGGUUGGAUGGUCCGGAUACCUCAGUCAUUUGAACAAGACUGGGCUGCCUGUCAAUGAUGGCAAACUGAUUACCCCCAAGGAAGAGAUUGAAUCCACCAUUCAAAGAACCAAGACGGAGGCACCGGUCAAGUCAUGAGCUUUCAAUUUUGGAGACUACAGAGGUCCUUUUUCCGAGCUUGUGAUUUCUUUCAAGUCUAGUGAUCCUUUUGCUUUGCCUUUAGAAUCGAGACCGCUCCGUCUCGUGGUUUUGGGUCCGCCAUCAAUUGUAGGCGGCCGGUUUGACUGACUUUUUGCUACUGCGGCGCUAAUACAUGUACGCCUUUUUGUACUGCAUUUACGCUUUCUGCACGAGACCUUGCGUGAUUUGCUACUUAACUUACGAUACGAUACGACACAAAGUCAACGAUGGCUAAUAGUUUUAAAGAGCUAGCUACAUCGUACUGUACCGGU